UGACAAGAUAUGUCACUGUUGUGGGGUUAGACAGGAUGGCUGACUCACUUCCCCUCAACCAGGCUGUAGGGUUUCACACCAAGGAGACAGAAAGGGGGAAGAAGAGAGGAGGUAGUGUUGGUAACCACCUCUGCAGUGGUCUGUGACGUUUCUGCUCUACUGUAUGGAGAUCCCACCAUGUUCUCUACUACUAAAUGAAGUGUGUACCGUCAACCACUGAGGGAACGAAAAGGAGAAAGGGUCCUGUUGCUGGAAAGAGACGAGAGAGGGGAAUAGAGAAGCCAGGAUUGUGAGGGGGUUUCUGUCUCUUUAAGCUGACUGUUUGUUACUGCAGAGUGUGUGGGUGCUGCAGUAGAGACAGAGAGAGGGAGAGAGAAAGAGGGGAGAGAGGAAGAGAGAGGAUGAGGGAGCAUUGAUAACAGAGAGACGUUAGAGAGGAACAAGUGGUACAGCAGAGAUUCGGGGCUCAUGUCCGCACGCUGAGGUGUGAGGAAGACUGGUCAGGUGCAGACCAGAGGAGAAAAGUGUGAGGCGAGUAGAGAGGUGAGAGCAUUAGGGAGUGUGUGAGGAGUACAGGUGGAGGGGUGGCAGAGCGAGUGGAGAGGGGGCUGUUUAUUCGGAGCGUGGCACCGGUGGCAGAGUGGCUACGCUGGGAUGGCAGAGGGGGGAACUGGGGGGGCUGGCGCUGGGGCAGUCCUCAGAGGGACAGGGGCAGCCGGGGGCAGGACAGGAGAGCCAUCGAGGGUUACGCACACAGGACGGUGCCUGCCGGAUGGUGCCACCAUGCUCCAUCCAUGGCACAGAUAGCACCUCUCGUCCCGGGGCAGGAGGAGGCGAAGGGGGAGGCAGGGGUGGGGGUCGGGUCAGGGGAGUUGAACGCGUCGGGGUGGGCAGAACGUUUCUCGGCCACGUGUCACUGCAUCUGGAGGAGGUCAGGGGCGAUUCGGAAGGGGAGGCUGGCAGCGCCUGCUUCGGACAGGUGUCACGCCGGCUGGGGCGGCUCCUGAAGAGGCUGCCCAAGUCUCGCUCCUGGAGUGACAGCCUGCGGAUCCUCCGACGAUCAUCCUCUAACGGAUCUCUGCUCACCACCUCAGACUGCAGCUACACCUGUCACCUGGAGUGUGAGAGCCAAGUCCAGCUGGACUGCAACCAGAGGGACAGAGAGCCCGAAGAAACUCCGUCUCCCAGAAGCCACUCCUCCUCCACAGCCCAUCAACACAAGCAGAAUGAAGCAAAGGAGGAAGAAGAGGGAGGAGCAAAGGACCUGUCAGAGGAAGAGGUGCGGACAAGGAUAGAAGAGUAUAACGCUCAAGUCUCUGAAAAUGGCAUGAAACUGGCUUCAGACGGAUCCUACACAGGCUUCAUUAAGGUCCAUCUGAGGCUCAGUCGACCAGUCACAGUCCCCGCUGUGGAGGCGGCGGGCUCAGAGGGAGCGUCCAGGCAGACGGGUAGCCGCAAUCAAGCACCAUCAGACUGCCAGGAAGGGACGGACUCUUGCCAGAGUGAAAACAGAACAUCCUUCUACCUACCAUGUGACUGUGUGAAGCAGCUCCACAUCAGCUCUCUGACCACCACAGGAGAGGUCAUCCAGGGCUUGCUGAAGAAGUUCAUGGUGUUGGACAAUCCCCGCAAGUUUGCAUUGUACAGGCAGACGCACCGUGACGGACAGGAUCUGUUCCAGAAGCUUUCUCUGUGUGAGCGUCCUCUUCUUCUGAGGUUGAUCGCAGGGCCUGACCCAGAGCAGCUCAGCUUUGUCCUUAAGGAAAAUGAGACUGGAGAGGUGCAGUGGCAUGCAUUCUCUGUCCCUGAGCUACAAAACUUCCUGGUGAUCCUGGAGAAAGAGGAGUCGGAGCGCGUGCGGGCAGUGAAGCAAAAAUACUCUGUGUACCGACAGAAACUACAACGGGCCCUACAACAACACGACCCCUGACCCCUCACCUGUUACCUUACGACCUCAACCCAGAGAGAGACUGACCCUUUGAACGCCGACCCCUCAAGACCCCUGAUCUAUUCAGAGACUGGAGCCGGAGCUGAACUUGUCUCCACCCUCCACAUAUACACCCAAACAUGCAGUACAUCCACACACAGACGCAUACCCUUUCUCAGGAUGCAUACAAGCCCCCACCCAACCCCACCAUCCAUACAUCCACUCCCCUGAGGAGAUGCGAGAACGACAUGAUAGACUACUGGGUGUGUGGUCUGCUUGCUCAUUGGACAGGUAGUGUUUACGUUGCCAAGGACACACACAGAAAGAUCAUGGCAAGAUAUGAAACUCCGACUUGAAAUCUCAUUUGGGACUGAUAGUAACCAGUGGUGUUUUUAAAGAUUCCCUCUUCUUCUGCUACUGCUGCUGCUGCUGCUACUGCAAGUGUUACUUAUGCAUGAGUCUCUCUCAGCUCAUCUCCCUGCACAUAGAGUUAGAAUUAAAACAGAAGGCAUGGUUACUUUUUUCAAUAUCUCAUUGGGAUGGAAGGACAAUCAUACUGAUGUAUUAUUUUUGUGUUGGAAUGUUUAGGGUCGGGGCUGGAGGCAGAAGGCUGCAUUUUGCUUUGGAUGCUAGAACAAGAAGGAAUGGAAAGAUAAGAAAGCGAGAUCCGUUCUCUGAUUUUUUUCUCAGGGAGCAUGUGUUGAGCAAAGAGAAAACCUAAAGGAGGAAAGAAAUUGAAUUCCACCCAAAAACACCACCCCAUUUUGUCCAAAAUCUCUGCCUUUUUAUUUGUUCCUAUCAUUCCAUUUGCCUACUUUAACGCCGUGUGAAAAGAUGCUGUCAGGUGCUUUGCUGAUGGAAAGAUCCAACCCAGUUACCAAUCCUCUUCUCACACACAAACUUAACCUUUUCUCAGAUGAUAACUGUGAGUUCAUUUUCCCUGCCUAAAUCCUGAUCUAACCAACAUUGCAUGAACUCUACCUGCAGAUGAAGCCUACUGAGUGAGGCAAUCCACAUACCUUUACAGAUUUUACACUUUAUUGUGAAAGUGAUUUUGUCAUUGUAUAUGGGUUGCAUUUGAAUGUGAGAGGAUUUUUACACCAAAGCUUAGAGGGACAGAUCUAUUGAGAGGAUUUUAAAGGGAUGAGAGACGUUUGGACGUUUAUCUAAUUAAAGGUGGUGUAUGAAAAACUUAAACCAGCUUCUGUUUUUGCACAUAUAGAUGCGUGUCACUGAAUGGCCCAUAACUCUGGGGCUGGGCAUGCAUUUCUGCCUCUCUUUUCUUUUAUCUCCCCACCUUCCACCCAAAAAAAAAAAUAUAUAUAUAUAUAAAAUUCAUGAUAAUGGCUAUGAUGUACCAAUGAUGUGUUUGCAAUGCAUAUGUAUUAUGUAGACACUGGAAAAAGAGUGACAAGGUUGACCUUUGUUGUUAUUACGAUAAAUAUUAACAUUCUUUCAUUCCUACUGGUUGGGGUGUGUGUGUGUGUGUGUGUGUGUGUGGGGGGUGUUUGUGCUCAUCUAGGGCAGUGAGGAUAAUGUGAAUAGUGUUUUAUAAUGAGUGUCUGUGUCAUCAGCGCUCCCUCAUUGGGCCUCACUUAUCAAGUCUUAAACACGCAUUGAUGUAACAUAAUACAUUACAAGUGCAAAUUAGGUUGUUUUGGAAAAGAUAUUUGGCAUGUAUGUAUCAUAAAAUGAAUGCACUUAACCAAAGCAUUUACUGUAAUUAUUUUCCACACACCCUUAUUUUUCAUCUUUUAUUUAAUACGAUAGAAGUACUGAUAAAUUAAGGGCCCGUUGUCCAUAAGCACAUGCUUCUCAGUAAACCCAAACCUGUUUAUAUUUUUUAACACCACCACCCAAAGCCCAAGCUGUUCCUGCUGGCAGUGCCUUUUGUUUCAUGUGCCCCUGUAUGUAUGUAAGGUGUGUUUCAGCACACAGGUGCCUGACUGUAUGUAUGGGUGCUUUUGCAUGUGUGCAAAUCUGUUUCUUGGGUGGUGUACAUGUAAUUUUUCUUUCUUUCCCUUACCCUUAACACAUUUGUCUUUCCACAACCCCUCUGUGUGUGUGUGUGUGUGUGUGUGUGUGUGUGUGUGUGUGUGUGUGUGUGUGCGUGUUAUUUAUUUCAUGGUCCACCUCCUCCAUAUGAUAUUAUGUCAAGGAUGUUGAGACUUAAUGCUUUUUUUUUUGCAAUUUAUUUGAAGAAGUGUGUAUAAAUAUAGCAGUAGAUCUGUACAGAGUAUCAAAAUGAAAUAAAAAGGUCAUCCCUUUA